CAAGGAAGGAAAGCCCUGUGCUUGUUUAGCACGUUCUGCACGUGCCGCUGUGAGUCCGCGUCUCCUCAGCAGAGAGCGCCCGCGGGUCACCGACAGUCUGUCGAAGAUCAGCUGGUGCAAACGUCACAUGACUCCAGCAUGGCUCUUCACCAGAGACCCGAGCGCUCGCCCUGAUGGGGAAACGAGAACCCCGGAGUGCGUGUUUGUGAUAAACGGAGCGCGAGCAUGCCGACGCUGCUGCAGAAGCUCUUCGGGAAGAGAGCCGUCGGUAACGGCAGCUCCCGGGACUACUCCACGGCGGCGGAGCAGUGUUGGGCGUCUGCUGAGUUCGAUCUAGCUCAGAUCAGGUUGAUAGUGUAUCAAGACUGUGAGAGAAGAGGGCGCCAGGUUCUCUUUGACUCCAAAGCAAUACAUAAACUGGACACAUCCGAGCCGACCUCUGAUGAAACCAAAACCCCCCCCAACCGGAGUGGUGCUUGCCAUAUCGGCAGCCAAGCAAGCGAGAAAGACAAGCCUCCUUCAUAUCAGUAUACCAGACCGGCUCCAGACGUGACCAUGCUUGGAGAAAUGAUGUUUGGCUCAGUUUCCAUGAGUUAUAAGGGUUCAACGCUUAAAAUUCACCACAUCCGGUCUCCACCGCAGCUGAUGGUCAGUAAGGUUUUUUCUACCCGGUUUGGAAGCAGCACCUCUGAGAGUACAAAUACGCUACAAGACAGUUUUGAGUCGAUGAGCCAAACUUUUCCUAGUCACACCAGCAGCAUAGGAGUUUGCCGCGUGCCUAGCGCUCCUCUGCUCUGCCUGGCUCGGAGCGCGUCUUUCUUUGCAGCCCACAGUAAUCCAGUGGACAUGCCAAGCAGAGGACACAGUGAGGAUGGAGACAGUGGCAUUGCUCGCUCAGCAUCUCUGAGCAGUUUGUUGGCCACUCCCCUACCGUCACCUGGCUCCUCCUUCAGUAGUGGUUUGUCCAGCAGUUACCAACGGCGACUGCUCCGUAGCCAGGCCACCAGUCUUCAGCAUGGCCCCGUGCCUCGCUGGAACACUGAAGAAAUGUUCAGCUUGUCUGACGAGAGCUGCAGCUCCAACCCUGUGAUGAUCCAGAGGAAGAAGAUCGCCAUCAGCAUCAUCAUCAGCCUGCCGGAGCGAGAAGAGGAAAACCACAAUUUUCAGGAGUUUUUCUUCUCACACUUUCCUCUGUUUGAGUCUCACAUGAACAAACUCAAGACUGCCAUCGAGAGGGCGAUGAUUGUGUGCAGAAGGAUAGCAGAGUCCAGUCAGCGAGUGCAGGUCUAUCUGUGUCGAGUGAUGGAAGCACUGGGAGAAUUCAGGAUGACGGUGUGGAACCUGUACAUGGCUCCCCGCAUCAGCGAGCCAGUCUGGCUUUCUAUGAUAUCCCAAAGUACCGAGCGAAACCUACUGUGUCAGCGCUUCCUGAAGGAGAUGAGUUUGCUGAUGGAACACGGAGCCAAGAGCCAGUUUCUCUCAGCUCUCCUUACUGCUGUUCUCACGCAUCACUUAGCCUGGGUUUCCACGGUGAUGCCCAGCAGCAUGCCGCCAAUCAAAUCUGGCUGCCAGAAACCUGCCUCCCAGACGGCGGACCUGUUGGCUAAAUCUCACCCGUACAACCCACUGUGGGCUCAGUUAGGUGAUCUGUAUGGUGCUUUGGGCUCUCCUGUGAGAGUGUGUCGAACGGUGGUUGUGGGACGCAGGAGGGAACUGGUCCAGCGAGUCUUGUAUGUUCUGUCCUACUUCAUUCGCUGCUCAGACCUGCAGGAACAUGUGCAACCACAAGAACAGAUGGACAAUCCAGCCAGUCCCUGCACCUCUCAAACCACUGAUCCCACCCCUGAAAAACCAGACCCAUUAAAGCCUACUGCUUGUGUUAUUGGAACGAGUGAAAAAGCACUGAACUCUGACUUGGGUAAUGCUAUUCCGGGCACCUCAGUAGAACAAAACCAUGAGAUACUUUUGACUGAUACUAAAUCAACCAGUCCAUCCCCCAGCGUGGAAUUGACCACUGUCAGGUCUGAAUUUACAGAAAUGGCACAGGAAUGUUUUGGAGAAGACAGUGACUCUGUCGGGGGCGGAUUAGAGCACAUUUUGGCCAGUCAGAGUCCUCUUUUGCAUCGGGUGCAGUUUCACAUCGGCAGUCCCAGUGAGACAGCGAAUGACGGACAAGCCGGGGGUCUGACUGGGGCAGGGUGUGGACGGGGACUAGACAGGAAGUUGCAUCAAAGGCUUUUGAGUGACAUACGGAGGAACGAGAGCUCAGAUAGUGCUCUAGGUGACAGUGAUGAUGAGGAAACAUCGGCACAAGAACUCUACGUGGCUACAGAACAAAACGAGUACGAGUUACCACUACCAAGGCAAGUGCAAACUAGAGCCAGUGUUAAUCAUUUCGGGCGUUCUUUGCUGGGUGGGUACUGUCCUCAGUACAUGCCUGACUUUGCCUUGCAUGGCAUCAGUUCUGAUCACAGGCUCAAACAGUGCCUCAUGGCUGACCUCGAACACACUGUUCUCCAUCCGGCGCUGGAUGAACCAGUGGCCGAGGCUCUGUGCAUCGUGGCGGAUACAGAUCGAUUGAGUGUGCAGGUGUUGACGAGUCAAAAGCGCGUGUGCGAGGGCGGGCGGCUGGGCAGGGACGUGAUGGUGUCCAACCUCGUACACACGCUCAUCACAUCAGUUCUGCAGCUUUAUUUGUUCGAUAUAGAUUGCGUCUUAUGUGUGAUGCAUCUGGAAGACCGGUUACAGGAGGUGUAUUUUAAGAGUCGAUCCUUAGCAGAAUAUCUGAGGGGACAAACCAGGGUCCCUGUGAAAGAACUGGGGCUGGCACUGGGGAUUGAGUCCAGUGACAUUCCGUUGCUUGCCGCAGUGGCCAGCACACACUCACCCUACGUGGCCCAGAUCCUUCUUUAAAUAGACCAAGCAAGAUUUAUUUCACUUUAAGGACCAAUCAGAAUGUGUUCCUGUUCUGCAUGGACCAGCAAGGAUCUGAUCAGAUGACCACACCAAUCAUGAUGCACUGUGCUCGACAACCCAGCCUUAAUAUUCCAAUCAGAAUGCCUGUAUAUGUAUGUACGUACUGUACGUGUGUGCAUCUAACUGUCUAUAGGCUGAAUCAUGCACCACAUUGGGACACUGGUUAAUGCUCUUCUAAUUUCAUAUCAUGUCUUUUCAAGUCUUAUAUAAAAGGCAAGUCUGGAGACCGUAGAUGUUAUGGAUAGAAAACAUCACUAAGAGCAAGAAUUUGAAGAUGCAUCUAUUCAUUUGAUCCUUCCAUAGAAGGAUCUCUGAGCACUGCAUCUGAAUGCACAAUAGUGUAGUUCAUUAAGGAUGAAAGCAUAUCUAUAAAAAUUACAGCCUCACGUUAGUUUACAUCAGGAGCCAUAUUUUGUAGCUGGACACUCUUAGAAGAAUUAGUUCCCCCAAAAAUAAAAAUUCUGCUAUAUUUACUCAUGUUGUUCCGAAUUUGCAAGACUGAGUUUUUUGUUCUUAAAAAAGUAUCCUGGCCACUCUUACAUAUAAUAAAUGUAGAAGACAACAGGGGCUGCUACAAAAUGCCAUAAAAUAUAAUUAAAGUACAAUUAUUUUAUUCUCUGUCUUCUUAAGUGAAGACUCAUUUUGAACACCUUUUGACAUCUUCAUUUUUUGGUUCCACAGAAAAAACUCAGUUAUAAGUUUGUAACAACAUUUUCAUUUUUGGUUGAAUUGUCCCUUUAAAAUCUUACAUUCCAACUGUUUGGCUCUAGAACACAGCUCUGAAACAAUUUUAAAUGAAUGCAUGAACAUUUAUUCAAGAAAAGCAUCAGUUUUGUCCUGAAAGACUGUGUAGGUCACAACAGCUUUUACUACCUUUUGUUGGAAUUUGAUUAAAUCAAUCAGUUUUGGUAGUUUUCUAGACCAGAGUGAUCUUAAGUUUUUAUCAUAUUCCAUAAUAUCUCUCCAGACAAUGGCUUUUUAGAUAUUAUUACAAAAUUUGUGUGUGUACGGUACAAAUGUGUAUGCUUUAAUCUCAGAAAGAUGAGAGAAGGUUUACAGAAUGGGGGAAGAGGGAGACUGGAGUGUGAUAUUAAACUGUUACUGUUAAUCACUGGUCAGUCCACAGAUCGUGGAUUGCAGUAUUAAUCUGGUGCUACUAUUGUGUCAAAGGCUUACUAAAGCACACGCACACUUUUACGCUCUGUCCUUGUGAACGCUUUGUGUCUUUCAGUGGUGUAUUGCACUGAAAGACAAGUGUCACAGCAAUACAACCCCAGGUUUGUGACACUAGAAAUAAAAUACAUUUUAAUUGUUUCACUUUAAAGAUUUAGAGAAAGAUGAUUAUUUUUGAUAUUUUCAAAGAAUAUUCUACCUCAAGUAAAAGAUCUGAAAGUGGCCUGUUCUGAGCUUAUGGUAUUGAUCAGUCAGUAUUACAUCCAGAAUGCAGUGUGCAGAUAUAUCUUCAUCGAGUAUAUACUUAAAAGCUGCAUUUCGGAUUGAAACAAGCCUGUUUUACAUGUCUCUAGUGUAUUUCUGUACUAAAAGUAAAUGUAAAAUUGUCUUGCUUUUGUAUAAUUUUUUGUCGAGGUUGAACUUUGAACACUAAGGUUUUGCCACUUUCAGUAGUCUCUUGUUUUCCUUUUGGUCUGUGCAUGGUGUUUACACGUAUGGUUGAAUGCAGUUGGGUAUUUUGUCUGUGACAAUAGGAAUAAAUUAAAUAAAUUGUCAAAAAUUUGAUAACUCUG